AUUCUCAAAGUAUGGAUAGGGAAUAUUAAUGAGAAUUCUGGCCUCAGUGCUCAGUUCAACUCUUUGGGUGGGAGUCCAUCACUAACUGUCAUCACACCUAGUGUCCUAGUUACUUUCUCGGCACAAGGCUUCAGCAGUUCAUGCAGCUGUUGGACAUUCACUAUUCUGGCUAGUGUUUUGCCUUACGAAUUUGGCCUGGAAAUCUCCGGGAGAGGUGUCAUCAUCUUUGACUGUGGAGUAAGACCAACCAAAGUGCUGAUAUCAAGAGUUAAGCUCUCGAAUAGUGCCAUUGUGCUAAGUACAAAUACCAGUGUUGAGUUAUCUAUAGAAGAAAACCUCAUAUUAUAUCAGGACCCGCAAGUAUCUGGACUGGUUGUACUACUGCAUAGUGGAAAUACCUUUAUCACACAAGAUGACUUCCAGAACAUCCUGAUAUUCCAGAUACCUAGCCUCCCGGGCCCAUUGGAUGGGGUGGCAGUAUCGGACAGUGCUUUGCUCUUAUUGGUCAAUGGUUCCCUGUACACCCUACCCACUAAGCAAGGGUCACUUCAACUAUCUGACACUAAUGUGGACUAUGUAGUGUCUGGUGGAUUGCAUUAUUCUGGGGAGAAUGAGAGAGCGAUUGUAGUGGCUUGGAGUACUGGUGGUUCACGAUUUCUCUUAUCUAUCGAUGGUGGAAUAAUCUUUAGAGAAAUCCUUCUACAGUCAGCAACAGAUCGUGUUCACAGAGUCUUGGUGCAUCCAUACUUCUUUGAGGUGUCUGUUCUUAUGUCCUCCGAAAACUCAACAGAUGCCCGUUUUGAAAGAUAUAACAUCAUCUCUGAAGUGUGGAAUCCAGAAUGGACUAGCUUUGACACUGCAGGAGGAGAGCUAUUUGCUCAGUUCUUUCCGAAUAUGUUUGGAGAGCUAUUGGUCUGGGAGGAUACUGCACUCUCUCGUAGUCCAAACGGAGGUCUGACAGUAAGUGAGCUGCCUGUGUACACCGCUGAGGAAGAAGACCACGACGAGGAAGGAGAAGAUCACGAUGAUGAAGAUGAAGAUGAAGACCACGGUGAUGAGGAUGACCAUGGUGAUGAAGAUGACCAUGGUGAUGAAGAUGACCAUGGUGAUGAAGAUGACCAUGGUGAUGACCACGCUGGUGAAGGGACCCUCACUGAACACCACUUUGAAUCAGACGACACUAUCAAGCAGGUGGCACUCGGUGCCGGAGGGCAGUUUGCUGUUCUUACCCUUAAAAACAGACUAUUCUAUGGUGUUUUCUCAGUUGGCAAUGGAGUUGAGAUUGAAUCUGGUUUGAGCUCUGAUGAUGUAAGUGCUGCUGUGGUGUUUAAUGGUAAUGGUGAACUGAGGAUUGUGUCAAUUAAAAGUGGUGAUCUGAGUGUGCGCAAGGUCCCGACUUACUCUCUCCUUCUCUCUUCUCUCUACCCUCCUCCUGCUUGCCCUUACGUUCAGUGGCAGCACAGUGUGGACCAAGCGGUUUACUAUUUGGACACUAGGGGACAGAUUGAAUUGUGGGCCAGUCUCAGUCCAGGACAGUGGGAGAGCAACCAGAUAUCGGUGUUGGCUUCCAACCCCGCUGCUGUGGGUCUAAGCAUGACCAGCCAACUGACACAGACCGCCUUAGAGGGAUCCAUACAGAGGAACACGACGGUGAGAAUUGUUCCGAGUCAUCCCAGGGAUGAAUUAACCUCAAGGACAGCUCUCAAACUGUCUGCUGCCACACAGGACCUGGCAUGCUCCAACUCAGCAGAAGCUGUCACUCUGAUUUCAGUUCAGUGCCCACCUGGAAGACACAUCCGAGUGAGAAGACCAGCCACUCAAAGUACCAACUGUCCAGCAUACAAUAACUUCUCCUAUACAAUCGAACAAGGCAGAUAUGACCCUGAGCUGAAAGGCAGAACAAAUGUUCAGGGAAGUGUCGACUUGAAAGUGGACUAUGAUGUCGUUAGGUUUGGCUGUCCAAUAAAUCUCCCUUUCUCCAGCACCUUCAAACCUGUCCUGGAAUUGUAUGAUGGUGAUACCUUCAUUGAGGAGGUUACAGGGGAUUUUGUAUUGUGGGAACUGAAAGGGAGAACUGACUUUAGCUACAAUGCCACUGCCGUUAGGGUAAGAUGUUUGUCUGCUCCUUUGAACUGGGUAGACUUGCUGGAGAAUGGCACCCACCCCUCACUGGCCUGGACUCCUCAGACCCAUCGCUCCUGCUUUGAGAGUGGUGGCCCUGCGCUGGUGGUGGAGAGCACUCCCUACCAAAUAUUCAACAGCACUGGAGGGUCCUCGCUCGUGUGGAAUGACUACAAUGGUAUCUACCUACUGGUUGCUCAAGUGGUCGCUCCAGGAUACAGUUAUUGUGAUCUAAGGGUCUACUUUGCUGUUGAGGUGUUUGGAGCAGUGAGCUAUGCGUACAUUGGCUACAUCCUUCUGGCGCUGACCUGUCUUCUAGGACUGUCUCUCCUCCUAUUGGCUUACGCAUGCUAUAAGCACGUGCUCAUGGCUGGGUCAGUGAAUGGGCCCAGGAAAUCGCAAAAGAAGGACUAAUUGAAUUGCUUACUCUUUAGUAAUGAACAUUUAUUGUAUGUAUCAUUUAUGCACAUCAACAUUGUAAUUUACUGUAUUAUAUAUACUAUCGCAAACACCACCACAAAACAGUCAUAAUUAUUAACAUUGCUCCAAGAUUCC